AGCGGGAAGAAGUUCCGAAGCAAGCCUCAACUGGCGAGAUACUUGGGGAAUACAGUGGACCUCAGCAGCUUCGACUUCCGGACGGGGAAGAUGAUGCCCAGCAAACUACAGAAGAACAAACAGAGAUUAAGAAAUGAUUCGCUCAAUCAAAAUAAGGGCAAACCAGACUUAAACACAACACUGCCAAUUAGACAAACGGCAUCCAUUUUCAAACAGCCUGUAACCAAAGUCACCAACCAUCCCAGUAACAAAGUGAAGUCGGAUCCACAGCGAGUGAUUGAACAGCCCAGACAGCUCUUCUGGGAGAAGCGGCUACAAGGCUUAAGCGCAUCCGAUGUGAGCGAGCAGAUCAUAAAAUCCAUGGAGCUGCCGAAAGGCCUUCAAGGAGUCGGCCCAGGGAACAAUGAGGAUACCCUUUUGUCAGCUGUCGCCAGUGCGCUGCACACCAGUUCUGCGCCCAUCACAGGGCAGCUUUCUGCGGCCGUCGAAAAGAACCCCGCUGUGUGGCUCAAUACGUCCCAGCCUCUCUGCAAAGCUUUCAUCGUCACAGAUGAGGAUAUUAGGAAACAAGAGGAGCGAGUGCAACAGGUGCGCAAAAAACUAGAAGAGGCGCUGAUGGCGGACAUCUUGUCGCGAGCUGAGGAUGUUGCUGAUUUGGAGGAGGUCGAGAUGGACCAUGGAGACGCAUAAGAAAACAAGAAUCAGGUACUUAAGCAGAAUUAUUCCCGGAGGAAAUUCCCGGAAGCUGGAGAGCUUUUGUUGUUCCCCAUCGAUAAGAAGAGGACUCAUGCACAUUAUAUAGCUUUCUAAUAGCAUUAAAAACCAAGGCCGUUUUUUGGGCUCU